AUGAUUAACCUUAUCAGACUAAAGGAUAAGCAGAAAGAGUCGGCUGAAACUAGAGCUGGAAGAGUAGGUUUUGCAAAGAAGCAAACUGCUGGGGAAUUGCGGGUUCACAAAGACAUGAGCGAGUUGAACCUUCCUAAAACAUGUAAGAUCACAUUCCCAAAUGGCAAGGAUGACCUGAUGCACUUUGAAAUCUCCAUUCGACCAGAUGAAAGGUAUUAUCGGGGCGGGAAUUUUCGAUUCAGUUUCAAGAUUUCCCCUGUGUAUCCAUAUGAACCCCCAAAAGUCAAGUGCAAGACCAAGGUCUAUCAUCCUAACAUUGAUCUGGAGGGGAAUGUUUGCCUCAACAUACUUCGGGAAGACUGGAAACCUGUCCUCAACAUUAACACCAUUGUUUAUGGACUAAGCCAUCUUUUUACCGGACCAAAUCAUGAGGACCCUCUUAAUCAUGAUGCUUCUGAUGUUUUGAGAGACGACCCCAAGCUAUUUCAGGCAAAUGUUAGGGAAGCUAUGGCUGGUGGACAUGUUGGGAAGACGUAUUUUGCGAGAUGUAUGUAG